GGCCCAGGGUUGCCAUCAUGAUGGGCAGCCGCAGCCCGGACAGCGAGCCCACGACGCGCACGCUGCUGCAGCGCUUGCUCAAGGCCGCGGAGCCACGCACACCGAGGCCCACCCGGAGUGCACGGACCCGAGCCCAGACAGCCCUGCUUGAAACCUCUUCCUCCCGGAGGCAUAGCAGAAUAACAAACACACCUGCCAGGCGGAGCUCCCAAAGACUCAGGUCAAAGUCUGUUGGCAAAGUGCUUCAUGUUCAAACCAGUGGACGCCUGAAUGAACAAACACCUCGAACUCUGCUGGAAAACAUUCUACUGACGGCCCCAGAAUCUUCCAUGAUCAAACCAAAGCCAGUGUUGAGACCAGAGCCAGAACUUCAGACGGUCCAGCCAUCUGGACGGGAAAGCAGCCCUGGCAGCCUAGAGCUGCAACUUCCUGAGCUUGAACCUGUUACCACAGUGGCUCCACGUCUGCUAGUGUCCAGGAGGAGGCAGCAGAAGCUGAGACUGUCAGUGUUUGAGCAGGGCAUGGACCAAGGACUGCUGCCUCCCUCCCAAGGAUCUCAUAGGAAUGCUGAUACAUCUGCUGGCAACAGCUCUGCCAGCCUGACCUUUGCCACGCCCGUCCAGCCACAGUCCUUGCGGAGGCCUGGCUUGGCCCGCAGGCCUCUCACCCGCCGAGCUGUAGAUAUAGGUGCAUUUUUGCAGGAUCUUCAAGAUACUAUUACAGCCUCAGUUCCUCCAGGUGACAUGAAGACAGUUGCUGCUCCCCUGCCCACAGACACAGUGUUGGAGGACACCCAGCCCUUUUCCCAGCCCUUGGCUGGCUAUUCCCUCAGUCAUCGCUCCCUGCCCUUUAUUUCCCACACUACAUCUGAAGAUGCUGAGAGACCUAUCAGUCACAGGACAUGGAGAUCUAGGCUGCAGCAAGAUAGUCUUGAGAAACCAGCCCAGCAUUUGGCAGGACAAAGAGAGGAGGCAGAGAAUGCUCUUGGUAAGGGCUACCUAAACAUCAGUCAUAGUAUCCUGACAGAGAAUGGAAUAGAACCCUUACAGAAUGGAGUUCUAGAGGAAGCAGUGGAAAGGAUGGAAGAAAGCUUCGUCGGGAGCAAAGGGAAGGAAACCACAAUGGACCAAGGAUCUAUUAAGGCAGAAGAACCUGAGAGAAUGACAGAAAAGACAGAAACAAAUGAGUCUCAUGGGGAUCUUGAGGCUUUGGAGCAAGAAGGAUCUUCAGGAGAUGAGGACACCUCUGGCAAUCCAAAAUUGGCCACCAAUGUCCCAGAAUUUCUUCAGACCAGCAAGCCUCCUCUACCUUUUGAGCCAGCCCCAUCGCCUACCACUGCAGUCCUCCCCUCAGAGCCUGCCAAGCUUCCUUCCCCGGCCCGAAUCCAUAGACCUAGGCCCAGAACCACUUGCCCCAGACCCCGCCAAGAUCCCUACAAAAGCGGGCUGAGCCACUACGCGAAGUUUUUUAGCUUCUAUGCUAAGAUGCCCAUGGAGAAGAAAGCUCUGGAGAUGGUGGAGAAGUGUCUGGACAAGUACUUUCAGCAUCUUUGUGAUGACCUGGGAGUAUUUGCUGCUCAUGCUGGUCGAAAGACUGUGAAACAAGAAGACCUGGAAUUGCUGAUGCGACGGCAAGGCCUGGUCACUGAUCAAGUCUCUCUGCACGUAUUUGUGGAGCGCCAUCUGCCCCUGGAGUACAGGCAGCUUCUCAUUCCUUGUGCUUUCGGUGACAACUCUGUGUUUCCUGCCCAGUAGGGUCCAGGCUGCAAUACCUUGCCUUGCCUCUACCUCAGACACCUCUGCUCCCUGUACACUUCCAGUGCUUCUUUCCCCUGGCAUCAAUAAAGCAUCACAAACAGAA